CCUUUUUGUGUCUAGUCCACCAUAAAACCCACAGAAGAAGAAGGAUGAUGAUGAUGAAGAAGCUAAGAUGACAACACAUUUGAAAGUGCUGCCUAUUCGGAGUAAAGAAAUACUACACAGUGAAGACACACUUUAAAAAAGAGUAUUGCAUUAUUAAUUCCAAAGACAAAAUGGCUUGAGAUUCGGAAUUCAGGGAAACAAGUGGCGAUUCCACGGUCUGGAAUUGGAAGCCUAUUUCGCAGUUGCCCUGCGUUGACUCCGUUUGUACCGUUUUAGGAGAUACACUGGAUGUAGCUGCAUUUCAGGAUGGACAAAUGACGUGGUGUAUGAUUUUCGAAUGACAGUUGUGAUAUAACGGCAAGCUAUCUAGGUAGCUGUUAUAUUUUUUGAUGCAAUAUAUGCAUUGUUCUCCAAAACGAUGAUGUGUGCUGCUGCAGCAGUCGGUGGUGGAGGGAUUGUGCCAUCCCCAUUACAUUCGAUGCGGCUGGGCAUCAGCGUCAUUUCUGGAGUUGGGGACGAUUUCUCCUCUUUUGGUUCGGGAAUGGGUUCUUGUCAAACACCGGGAACCCAGUCGGAUUGCCGAAGUCGAUACCAACUUCUACUCUCUGGGCGAGCUUUAGCGGAAAGAUACAGGAGGAUUUAUUCCACGGCUAUCAAUGACAAGGAGCAAGGGAUAAACCAAGGAAGGGGAAAGAAAGCUUUCAACAAGAAGAAGCUGAAACGGCAGCAAAAGUUGAAGUCAAAAGUCAAAACAGGAACAAAGACAAAGAACUUUGAUGGGGUCUUCUGCAUGCCGGAAAUCAAGCUGCAUAGCAACCCAUCGGCAUUCAACGUGUACUGCAACGUGCGCCACUGCGUGCUGGAAUGGCAGCAGCGGGAGGCGUCCCUGGCUCUGGCCUCCAGGAGCUCUGUGCAGAGCGGCGACUCGGACAGCGAGGAGGACGAGUUCCGUGAGCCUGCCAUCAAGCUUCCCAAGAUUAUUGGCAUUGGUCUGUGUGGGGUGUUUGAGCUGAUCAAGGAGACUCUGUUCUCCCACCCCUCGCUGUGCCUGCGCAGCCUACAGGCCCUGCUGGACAUGCUGCAGGGACAACAACCAGAGGGCUUCCAAACCGAACCUCCUGAUGUACUGGAGUCUUUGUUUCACCUGCUGCUGGAGACAACGGUGCGCAGCACAGGGAUGAAUGACCCCACGGGGCAGGCCCUCACCGCACUCUCCUGCGCCUGCCUCUUCAGCCUGGUGGUGUCCUGGGGAGACACGGGCAAGACCCUGCAGGCCGUCUCCGCCAUCCUCACCAACAACAGCAGUCACACCUGCCAAACUAUCCAGGUGCCGACCAUUCUGAACGCGCUACAGAGGAGCGUGCAGGCCGUGCUGGUGGGCAAGAUCCAGAUCCAAGAUUGGUUCGGCAACGGCAUCAAGCGGGCGUCACUGAUGAACAAGUGGGUACUGAAGGAGGUGACCGUCAAUGAGGAUGAGCGCUGCCUGCUGCAGACCGACGGCUCUUUCCUCUACCUGCUCUGCAAGGAUGGCCUCUACAAAGUGGGCUCCGGCUACAGUGGCACCGUCAGGGGCCAUGUGUAUAAUUCCACAUCAUGCUUCAGGAAUCGGAUGGAGAAGAGAUCAUGGUUGGGCUUCGCUCAGGGCUGCCUGUUGUACCGGGAUAUGAGUAACAACCACAGUACAUCGGCCAUCAAGAUCGACCCAGAGACUCUGGAGCAUGAGGGAACCAUCACUAUGCCAGGCCUACAGACAGACGGCCAGAGCGUAGUCUUCACUGACGGAGAAUACAUCAACCAAAUCACUGCCUGCAAAGACGAUGGGUUUGUGGUGCGGAUCUACGCAACCAGUACAGACCCAGCACUGCAGCAGGAGCUUCAGCUGAAACUGGCCAGGAAGUGUCUCCAUGCCUGCGGCAUCUCUCUGUUUGACCUGGAGAAAGACCUUCACAUCAUCAGUACAGGGUUUGACGAGGAGGCAGCAUUGCUGGGAGCAGGCAGGGAAUUUGCUUUGAUGAAAACUGCCUCAGGAAAGAUCUACUACACAGGGAAGUAUCAGAGCCUCGGCAUCAAGCAAGGUGGUCCGUCAGCAGGUAAAUGGGUGGAGCUGCCUGUCACCAAGUCCCCUAAGAUCAUCCAGUUCUCGGUGGGCCAUGACGGCUCACACGCCCUGCUUGUGGCCGAGGAUGGCAGCGUGUUCUUCACCGGCUCUGCCAGCAAGGGAGAGGAUGGAGAGUCCACCAAAAGCCGGCGCCAACCGAAGCCCUACAAGCCCAAGAAGAUGAUGAAGCUGGAGACCAAGACGGCGGUGAACACGGCCUGCAACAACGGCAGCAGCGGCAUAGUCACCAAAGAUGGAGAGCUCUAUAUGUUCGGCAAGGACGCCAUCUACAGCGACAGCACCUGCCAGGUGUCAGAUCUGAAGGGUCACAUUGUAACCCAGGUAGCCAUGGGGAAGGCCCACACCUGUGUCCUGACUAAGAGUGGAGAGGUCUGGACGUUUGGGGUCAACAACAAGGGCCAGUGUGGCCGAGAAACAGGGGCCAUGAACCAGGCAGGGAAAGUAGCAUUUGGCAUUGAGAGCAUGGCGACCGCCAUGGAUGAGGACCUGGAGGAUGAGCUGGAGGAGAAGGAGGAGAAGAGCAUGAUGUGCCAGUCAGGCGUGCACAAGUGGAAGCUGGACCAGUGCAUGGUGUGCACUGUGUGUGGAGACUGCACCGGCUACGGAGCUGGCUGUGUCAGCAGCGGACGGCCCGACAGAGUACCCGGAGGUAUCUGUGGCUGUGGUUCGGGGGAGUCUGGCUGCUCAGCGUGUGGCUGCUGUAAGGCCUGCGCCAGGGAGCUGGAUGGACAGGAGGCCAGACAGAGGGGCAUCUUUGACGCUGUCAAGGAGAUGAUACCACUAGACCUGCUACUAGCUGUGCCUGUCCCUCCCCCACCAGGAGUCAACAUCCAGGAGCACAUCCAGAUCCGGCAGGAGGAGAAACGCCAGCGGACCAACCGUCGACACCGGCUGGAGGAGGGACAAGACGGGAGCAGCGAGCGAGGGGAGAAGGUCGCCAGUAAGAUAACCACUUACCCCCCGGGGGCGGUGCUUUUCGACUGCGAGAUGACAGCUGUGCAGGUCAGCUGCGGCCUCCACCAUUCAGUGGUGCUGUUGGAGAAUGGGGAUGUCUAUACAUUUGGCUACGGUCAGCAUGGCCAGCUUGGACACGGAGAUGUCAACUCAAGGGGAUCUCCCACACUGGUGCAGGCUCUCCCAGGUCCGAGUGUCCAGGUGACAGCUGGUAGUAACCACACGGCAGUGCUCCUCAUGGGCGGACAGGUCUUCACCUUCGGCAGCUUCUCGAAAGGGCAGCUGGGUCGGCCAAUCCUGGACAUGCCCUACUGGAACGCCAAGCCCUCCCCCAUGCCCAACAUUGGUGUCAAGUACGGCCGCAAGGCCACUUGGAUUGGGGCCAGCGGCGACCAGACCUUCCUGAGAAUAGACGAGGCCCUGAUCAACUCACACGUCCUGGCUACCUCCGAGAUCUUCGCUAGCAAAGACAUCAUCGGCUUAGUCCCCACCUCUGUAUCGGAGCCCCCUCCCUUUAAAUGCCUGCUCAUCAACAAGCUAGAUGGCAGCUGCCGCACCUUCAACGACUCCGAGCAGGAGGACCUGCAGGGCUUCGGCCUCUGUCUCGACCCCGUCUACAACGUCAUCUGGAGGUUUCAGCCGGCGUCAAAGGAGAUGUGUUGCUACAACGCAGUUAUAGCAGAUGGCCAUGUGCCAUCGGCCACGGACCGAGAGGCCCGCUGCAGCAUCCUCAGCCCAGAGCUGGCACUGCCCGAUGGAGCCCAUGCACGCACCACCCGCUCCCACGGAGCCCUGCACAUACUAGGUUGCCUGGAUACGCUGGCGGCCAUGCAAGAGCUGAAGAAGGGCGUGGCCAGCACAGAGGAGGAGACUCGUGCUGUUAUGAAGGUCUACUCCAAGGAGGACUACAGCGUGGUCAACCGCUUCGAGAGUCACGGGGGUGGCUGGGGUUACUCUGCCCACUCGGUGGAGGCCAUCCGCUUCUGUUCUGAUGCGGACAUCCUACUGGGGGGAUUGGGCCUGUUCGGGGGCCGUGGGGAGUACACUGCAAAGCUCAAGUUGUUAGAGCUGGGGCCUGAUGGUGGAGACCAUGAGACGGAUGGGGACCUCCUGGCUGAGACUGACGUACUGGCCUAUGACUGCGCUGCCAGGGAGAAGUACGCCAUGAUGUUUGACGAACCGGUGCUGCUGCAGCUGGGCUGGUGGUACGUGGCAUGGGCCCAGGUGUCUGGGCCCAGCUCAGACUGUGGCUCCCACGGACAGGCCACCAUCACCACAGAUGACAGUGUGGUCUUUCAGUUCAAGAGCUCCAAGAAGUCAAACAACGGUACCGAUGUGAACGCAGGUCAAAUACCUCACCUCUUGUACAGGCUUCCGUCGAACGAUGGCAUCGUAGCCAAAGGGAAACAGCAGACCAGUGAGCCGGUUCACAUCCUCAAACGCUCCUUCGCCAGGACCGUUUCAGUGGAGUGUUUUGAGUCCCUGCUGAGGAUCCUCCACUGGAGCUGGACCACCCUGGUGCUGGGGGUGGAGGAGCUGAGGGCCCUGAAAGGCUUCCAGUACACGGCCACCCUGCUGGACCUGGAGCGCCUGCGCUUUGUAGGGACCUGCUGCCUGCGCUUGCUCCGCGUCUACAUCUGUGAGAUCUUCCCCAUAUCUGCCAGCGCCAAGGCGGUGGUGGAAGAGUCCAGCAAGCUGGUGGAGUGGGUCGGCAACACCCGUAGCCUGCUCAAGAAGAUCCUCUCGGAGGGCAUGGACAACUGCCUAACCAAUCUGGACAACGACCCUCAGGGCUACCUCUCCCAGCCCCUCACCCUGCUGGAGGCCGUGCUGCAGGAGUGCCACAACACCUUUACCUCCUGCUUCCACUCCUUCUACCCCAAGCCUGCUCUGCAGUGGGCCUGCCUCUGCGACUUGCUCAACUGCCUCGACCAGGACAUCGCCGAGGCCAACUUCCGCACAUCGAGCAGCCGACUGUUGGCAGCGGUGAUGUCUGCGCUGUGCAACACAUCAGUCAAGCUGUCAUCCAUCUUGCCCAUUGCGUACGACGGCGAAGUGCUGCUGCGCUCGCUGGUCAAACAGGUCAGCACGGAGAAUGACUCGGCGCUCGCACACCGCUUCCCCCUGCUGGUGGAGCACAUGGAGAAACUCAGCCAUAGGGAGGAGAACCUGAUGGGGAUGGCCAGUUUCCGGGAGGUUCUUGAGAAGAUGCUGGUGAUCGUGGUGCUACCGGUGAGGAAAAGCCUGAGGAAGGAGGUGGAGGUCUUCUCCCCCCACCUGGUCUCCAACACCUGUGGCCUGCUGGUCAGCAUCGUCUCUGAGCUCACCGCCUCUGCCUUGGGCUCCGAGGUGGACGGUCUGAACUCGCUUCACUCUGUGAAGUCCACUCCCAACCGCUUCACCAAGACGAGCCAGGGCCGCAGCUGGAACACAGGCAAUGGCUCUCCAGAUGCCAUCUGUCUGACAGUGGACAAGCCUGGCGUGGUGCUGGUGGGCUUUUGUGUCUACGGCGGCGGAGGCAUCCAUGAGUACGAGUUGGAGGUGCUGGCUGAUGAUGCCCAGACGGAGCACCCUGGGGAUUCGGUCCACACCCACAGGUGGACGUCUCUGGAGCUGGUCAAGGGAACCUACAGCACCGAUGACUCUCCCAGCGACAUUGCCGAGAUACGCCUCGAUAAGGCCGUGCCACUGAAGGAGGGUGUGAAAUAUGCUGUCCGCCUGCGUAACUAUGGCAGCCGAACGGCCAAUGGGGAUGGAGGGAUGACCACGGUUCAGUGUUCCGAUGGCUUGGCCUUUACCUUCCGAACCUGUAGCCUGAGCAGCAACGGGACAAACCAGACUAGAGGACAAAUACCACAGAUGCUGUACUACAGGAGUGAGUAUGACGGAGAUCUGCAGUCCCAGCUGCUGAACAAAGCCAAUGAGGAGGACAAGAACUGCAGCAGGGCUCUCGCAGUGGUCAGUGCAGUGGUCAGAGCUGCCAAGGAUCUCCUUCACAGGGCGUUCACUGUCGAUGCAGAGGACAUCCCUGAGCUGCUGAGCUCUUCCAGCCUGUUCUCCAUACUGCUCCCCCUCAUCCUGGCCUACAUCGGCCCUGUGGCUGCCUCAGUACCCAAGGCCGCAGUGGAAGUCUUGGGUCUGGUCCAGGAGUUACUUCCUGCUGUCUCCGCUUUGAACCAGAAGUAUGCCCCACUGGCUUUCAACCCCAACCAAUCAACAGACAGCACCACGGGCAACCAGCUGGAGCAGGGCCUAUCGGCAUGCACCACCUCCAGUCACUAUGCUAUAAUAGAGAGUGACCACCCUUACAAGCAGGCCGGAGUCACACAGUAUAUGGUGUCAUUCCCAGACUGCGUGCGGUGGACCACCAUCGAGUUUGACCCCCAGUGUGGCACAGCCCAGCCAGAGGAUGUCCUUCGCCUGCUCAUCCCCAGCCAUUCGCUCCACCUGUCCAGCCUGAGCACCAAGCACCUGGCCCACGACACCAUCAACACCUGGGUGGAGCUCAAGAAGAUCUCUGGCUCCAAUGGCUGGCCCACCACUGUCCUAGUGCUGCCAGGAAAUGAGGCCCUGUUCUCCUUAGAAACUGCCUCUGACUACGUAAAAGACGAGAAGGCCUGUUUCUACGGCUUCAAGUGUGUUGCCGUGGGUUACGAAUUCAACCCCGGACCAGAGGAGGGUAUUAUCCAGCUGGAGAAGGAGCUGGCAUACUUGGGCAGUGUGUGUGCUGCUGCUCUGAUGAAGAAGGAUCUGGCUCUUGGGAAUGAACUUGACGAGGACCUUGAGAUUCUUGAAGAGGCCUCUCUCCAGGUGUGUAAGGCCCACUCAGGUAUCCUGGGGAAGGGUCUGGCCUUGUCCCACUCCCCCACAAUCCUCGAGGCUCUGGAGGGCAACCUGCCCCUGCACCUGCAGACCAACGAGCACUCCUUCCUGGAGGACUUCAUUACCUGUGUGCAGAACUCCAGCGGAGGACGCCUGGCCAGGUGGCUGCAACCGGACUCCUACGCGGACCCCGAGAAGACGUCUCUGAUCCUGAACAAGGACCACAUCUGCUGCGGCUGGCCCACCACAGUGGCCGUCCAGACCAAAGAUCAGUACGGAGACGUGGUGCAUGUGCCCAACAUGAAGGUGGAGGUGAAGGCGGUGCCCGUCUCCCAGAAGAAGUCCAUGCAGCAGGAGUGCAUGAGGAAGCUGCAGCGUCUCCCAGGCAGCAACAACCCCUCCUCCUCGGGCACUCCUGACCUGACCUUCGGGGGCCUGCCCAUGCCCAAGCUGGACGCCACUUACGAGCCCAUGAUCGUCAAGGAGGCGCGCUACAUCGCCAUCACAAUGAUGAAGGCCUAUGAGAACUACUCGUUCGAGGAGCUUCGCUUUGCUUCGCCCUCUCCAAAGAGGCCCAGUGAGAACAUGUUGAUCUGGGCCAACACAGACGGGACCUACAGCGCCAACUGGACCCCCGGGGCUGUGGGCCUCUAUACCAUCCAUGUCACCAUCGACAGCAUCGAGAUCGGUAAACCAGACCAGGAUGCUGGUAUGGAGGUGGAGGUGAAAGACCCUCCUAAAGGCAUGAUCCCACCUGGCACACAGAUGGUUAAACCCAAGGCCGAGCCCCAACCUAGCAAGGUCCGCAAAUUUGUGUCCAAGGACAGUGCAGGCCUCCGCGUGCGUAGUCACCCCUCCCUGCAGAGCGAACAGAUAGGCAUAGUGCAAGUCAAUGGCACCAUCACCUUCAUUGAUGAGAUCCACAAUGAUGAUGGUGUUUGGCUCAGACUGAAUGACGAGACAGUAAAGAACUAUGUGCCCAACAUGAAUAGGUACACUGAAGCCUGGUGCCUCUCUUUUAACCAGCACAUGGGCAGGAGCCUGCUGGUCCCUGCCGACGAGGCCAGGGGCCAAUUGGAGCAGUGUGUUGUAGUGAGCGCCAGCGGCCGCCCCUCCCAGGAGGCCCCCUCCAUGCGGGUGCAGGACAGGGUGAGGCAGGGCGGCAGCGGCCCCGGCCUUUAUAAGGUGAUCAACACAGAGGGGACGUGGGUGCAGCUGGACAAGAAUAGCGUGGUGGAGUUCUGCGAGAGCAACAAAGGAGAGGCCUGGUCUCUGGCCCGAGAUCCUGGGGGAAACCAGUACCUACGCCAACGGGAAGAACAAACCCUGCUAGAGCAUGGGGCCCAGACCCCCCCAACUAGUCCCUUUUCUGUCCAGGCCUUCAACAGUGCUGCUGGAGCCAUUGGGGCCUACGGGACACAGGGCUUCAACUAUGGCAUCUCAAAAAACAAAGCCUCUAAACAACGACAGAAAAGCCACUCCCCAAGACAGGAGGGUGGACGCUCCUCGGACAACUCCAAAAGCAAAGACCUGUCGGCCAGCGAGGCACUGAUCCUGAGGUCAGACACGGCCAAGCUGCGGUCAGACUCUCAUAGCCGCUCUCACUCGCCCAACCAUAACACCCAGCAGGCGCGGAAGGCCGAAGUGCGUGAUUGUGACUCCACCGGGCUGCGCGCCGAAUCUCCCAACCCUGGCUCCCGCUCCUCUUCACUCAAGCAGAAGGUCCUGUCCUCCUCCUCGGGGAAGUAUAGCCCCUCUAGCACCUCCUUGGCGUGGUCCUCCUCCCCCCAGCAUGACCAGAACCUCCCUCCCAAAGUCAGCCCCUCCACCUCUCUUCUGGACCCGCCCAGAGAGAGAUCCAAGUCGGACUCGUAUACACUGGACCCGGACACCCUACGGAAAAAGGUCCCUCUCUCCUCGGAGCCACUGAGGGGAAGGUCCACCUCGCCUAAACCCAAACCAUCUCCCAAGGACAGGUGCAGCAAAGGAGGUGACAUGAACAUGGAGAACCGCAGCCCAUCACCCCAUGUGACCCAGGAGGACCUCCACAGGGAGGUGGUGAUGUGUACGUCUAUUGCUCUUCUUUCCGAUGAUGAAGGAAAUGAUGAGAACAUUGAUGUGAGCAACACAGAGGAGGGCUCUUCCAAGGUGCACUUCAGCAUCUGCAAGGUGCCCAUCAAGGAUGAGCUGGAGAGCAGUCGCUCGUCGGCAAAAGUCAGCCGCAAGACCUCCAGCCGCCACGUGCGCCCCAAGAAGGACAAGUCUGGCCCGCUCUUCAAGGGCGAGAGCUCAUCAGGGCUCACCGAGACCACCAAGCAGGCUAUGUCGCCCUCGGUGGCAGAGUGCGCCCGGUCGGUCUUCGCCGCGUUCCUCUGGCACGAGGGCAUUGUCCACGACGCCAUGGCCUGCUCCUCGUUCCUCAAGUUCAACCCGGAGCUGACCAAGGAGCACGCGCCCAUCCGCAGCUCGCUGGGUGGCCAGGGCGGCCAAGAGGAGAAGGAGAGCAAGCUGAUGAACCGCCACUCGCUGGAGAUAUCUUCGGCCCUCAAUAUGUUCAACAUUGCCCCACACGGGCCCGACAUCUCCAAGAUGGGCAGCAUCAACAAGAACAAGGUCCUGUCCAUGCUCAAAGAGCCACCAUUGACCGAGAAGUGCGAGGACGGCAAGGGGGAGCCCGUCUCCCACGAGGUGGCCACUCAUCCCUUCAUGAGGGCCAAGUCCAUCCUGCCGCUCACACUCCAGCACCUUGUUGCAUUCUGGGAGGACAUCUCCAUGGCGACCAUCAAGGCAGCCACCCAGAACAUGAUUUUCCCCAGCCCGGGCUCCAGCGCCAUCCUGAAGAAAAAGGAGAACGAGAAGGACACUAAGAAGUCCAAGAAGGAGAAGAAGAAAAGAGAUCAGGCGGAGAUGCGCCCCAGGGGGAACCUGUUUGGGGAGAUGGCCCAGCUGGCCAUCGGGGGACCAGAGAAGGACACCAUCUGUGAGCUGUGUGGGGAGUCGCACCCCUACCCUGUCACCUACCACAUGAGGCAGGCCCACCCAGGUUGUGGUCGCUACGCGGGAGGCCAGGGCUACAACAGUAUCGGCCACUUCUGUGGGGGCUGGGCAGGAAACUGUGGAGACGGAGGGAUCGGUGGAAGUACCUGGUACCUGGUGUGUGACCGCUGCAGGGAGAAGUACCUGAGAGACAAGCAGACUGCUGCCAGGGAAAAGGUGAAGCAGUCGAGGAAGAAGCCCCUGCAGUUGAAGAUGCCGCGGGCGCUGCCCACCAUGGAAGCCCACCAGGUGAUCCGUGCCAACGCCCUUUUCCUGCUUUCCCUAAGCAGCGCCGCCAAGCCCAGCCUGCUGUGCCACCACCCGCCUCGCCCGCUUCACUCCCUGCUGCCCAGCCUCAAGGAGGGCGUCUCCGACGAGAAGCCCAACAACAUGGGCUGCCUCUACCUGCAGAUGCUGGCCAGGCAACACACAGAGAACUUUGGUGGGUACCAGGAUGACAACCUGUUUCAGGAUGAGAUGAGGUACCUACAUUCCACGUCUGUCCCUGCACCCUACAUCUCAGUCACCCCCGACGCCUGCCCCAAUGUGUUCGUGGAGCCCAAGAGCAACAUGAAGUCUAUGCCACCCAGUCUAGAGACCAGCCCAAUCACAGAUAGUGACUUGUCCAAGAGGACAGUGUUCCAGAGGUCUUACUCUGUAGUGGCCUCUGAGUAUGACAAGAAACACUUGGCCUCUCCAGCCAGGGUCAAAGCCGUGCCCAGACGCGGAGUCCACAGUGGGGAUGCAGAUGUGGGCUCUUCUCUGUUGCGCCACCCCUCCCCGGAACUGUCCCGUCUCAUCUCGGCCCACGGAUCCCUCAGUAAGGGCGAGAGGAACUUCCAGUGGCCUGUCCUGGCCUUCGUCAUUCAGCACCAUGACCUGGAGGGUUUGGAGUUUGCCAUGAGGCACGCCCUGCGCAAGUCCGCCUGCAGGGUCUUCGCCAUGGAGGCGUUCAACUGGCUGCUGUGUAACGUGAUCCAGACCACCUCGCUGCACGACAUCCUGUGGCACUUUGUCGCCUCCCUCACCCCGUCACCCUUUGAACCCAAGGAAGAGGAGGAGGAAGAAAACAAAGCCCCCGGGAACAAGAAAAUGGUGAUGGAGCAGGAGAGAGACUUGGCUGUGUGUGAGCACCCGCUGUCUGACAUUGUGAUUGCCGGGGAGGCCGCCCACCCCCUCCCCCACACCUUCCACCGCCUCCUCCAGACCAUCUCCGACCUCAUGAUGUCACUUCCUAGUGGCAGCUCCCUGCAGCAGAUGGCCCUCAGGUGUUGGAGUUUGAAGUUCAAGCAGUCUGACCAUCAGUUCCUGCACCAGAGCAAUGUGUUCCACCACAUCAACAACAUCCUGUCCAAGUCAGAUGACGGCGACAGCGAGGAGAGCUUCAACAUCAGUGUGCAGUCUGGCUACGAGGCCAUGAGCCAAGACCUGUGCUUGGUGACCUGUCUGAAGGACCUUACCAGUGUGGUGGACAUCAAGACGUCCAGCCGUUCGGCCAUGAUCGGCAGCCUGACGGAUGGCUCAACUGAGACCUUUUGGGAGUCGGGCGAUGAGGACAAGAACAAGACCAAGUGCAUUACCAUCAGCUGCGUCAAAGGCAUCAAUGCCUCUAACAUCACUGUGCACGUGGACAACUCCCGUGACAUUGGGAACAAAGUCACCUCCAUGACGUUCCUGUGUGGCAAAGCCGGGGAGGACCUCUGCAGAAUCAAACAGAUGGACCUUGAUUCGCGUCACAUAGGCUGGGUGACCAGCGAGGUUCCUGGGGGAGACCACCAUGUGAUCAAGGUGGAGCUGAAGGGGCUCGAGAACACGCUGCGGGUGCGCCAGGUCAAGGUGCUGGGCUGGAAGGCUGGCGAGAGCAUUAAGAUCGCAGGGCAGAUCUCGGCCAGCGUGGCCCAGCAGAAGAACUGCGAGGCCGAGACACUCCGUGUUUUCCGCCUCAUCACCUCACAGGUAUUUGGGAAGCUAAUCUGCGGAGAUGCUGAACCAACCCCUGAACAGGAGGAGAAGAACCUGCUGUCAUCACCAGAGGGGGAGGACAAGGCGCCGUCAGACGCAGACCUGAAGGAACACAUGGUGGGCAUCAUUUUCAGCCGGAGCAAGCUGACCAACCUGCAGAAACAGGUGUGCGCCCACAUCGUCCAGGCCAUCCGCAUGGAGGCGACCCGGGUGCGCGAGGAGUGGGAGCAUGCCAUUUCCAGCAAGGAAAACGCCAACUCGCAGCCCAGCGACGACGACGCCUCCUCGGACACCUCCUCGGACGCCUACUGCUUCGAGCUGCUCUCCAUGGUGCUGGCGCUGAGCGGCUCCAACGUGGGCCGCCAGUACCUGGCCCAGCAGCUGACACUGAUGCAGGACCUGUUCUCGCUGCUGCACACGGCCUCGCCCCGUAUCCAGAGACAGGUGACCUCUCUCCUCCGUCGUGUCCUCCCAGAGGUCACACCCAUGCGCCUGGCCAGCAUCAUCGGCAUCAAGGCCCUGCCGCCUGCCGAUAUCAGUGACAUCAUCCACUCGACCGAGAAGGGUGACUGGAACAAGCUUGGCAUCCUGGACAUGUUCCUGGGCUGCAUUGCCAAGGCACUCACCGUGCAACUCAAGGCCAAGGGAACCACCAUUGCCGGUACGGUGGGCAUGGCAGCAGGCAAAGGCAUCACUACUGUCACGCUGCCCUUGAUCUUCAACUCCAGCUACAUUCACCGGGGGGAGAGCCACUGGUGGAUGAAGGGAUCCACUCCCCCUCAGAUCGCUGAGAUCAUCAUCAAGCUGGUCAAAGACAUGGCUGCCGGACACCUGUCGGACGCCUGGUCUCGUGUGACGAAGAACGCCAUCGCUGAGACCAUCAUCGCCCUCACCAAGAUGGAGGAGGAGCAUCGCUCGCCAGUCCGUUGCAUCGCCACCAGCCGGUUGUGGCUUGCUCUGGCCUCUCUGUGUGUGCUGGACCAGGAUCAUGUGGACAGGCUGUCCUCAGGCCGCUGGAUGGGCAAAGACGGACAGCAGAGACAGAUGCCCAUGUGCGAUAACCAUGAUGACGGCGAGACAGCAGCCAUCAUCCUGUGUAACAUGUGUGGUAACCUGUGUACCGACUGUGACCGCUUCCUCCACCUGCACCGACGCACUCGCUCCCAUCAGAGACAGGUGUUUAAGGAGGAGGAGGAGGCAAUCAAGGUGGACCUCCACGAGGGCUGUGGGAGGACAAAGCUCUUCUGGCUUAUGGCUCUGGCCGACUCCAAGACCAUGAAGGCCAUGGUGGAGUUCAGGGAACACACAGGGAAACCAGCCUCCAGCAGCUCAGAUGCCUGCAGGUUUUGUGGCACCAGGAACAUCACCGAACUCUCGGCUGUGGGCAGUGUCUGCUCUGACCCAGACUGCCAGGAGUAUGCCAAGCUGGCGUGCAGUAAGACCCAAGCAUGCGGCCACCUCUGUGGCGGGGUGAGGAAUGAGAAGAGCUGCCUGCCCUGUCUGCACGGCUGCAACAAGAGCGCAGGCUGCCUGAAACAGGACGCAGACGACAUGUGCAUGAUCUGCUUCACUGAGGCGCUCUCUGCCGCUCCCGCUGUCCAGCUGGACUGCAGUCAUGUGUUCCACCUCCAGUGUACCCGUCGUGUUCUGGAGAACCGCUGGCUCGGGCCCAGGAUCACCUUCGGCUUCAUGUCUUGCCCCAUUUGCAAGAACAAGAUCAACCACUCAGUCAUCAAGGACCUGCUGGACCCUAUCAAGGAGCUGUUUGAGGACGUACGGAGGAAGGCUCUGAUGAGGAUGGAGUACGAGGGGCUGCACAAGAGCGAGGCCAUCACCACGCCCGGUGCCCGUUUCCACAACGACCCGGCCGGCUUCGCAAUGAAUCGAUACGCCUACUACGUCUGCUACAAGUGCCAAAAGGCGUACUUUGGGGGAGAGGCGCGCUGUGACGCGGAGGCAGGACAGGGAGACGACUACGACCCCAGCGAGUUGAUCUGUGGAGCAUGCUCAGAUGUGUCCAGGGCACAGAUGUGUUCCAAGCACGGGACAGACUUUCUGGAGUACAAAUGCCGGUACUGCUGCUCGGUGGCUGUGUUCUUCUGCUUCGGCACCACUCACUUCUGUAACGCCUGCCACGAUGACUUCCAGAGGAUGACCAGUGUGCCCAAGGAGGAGCUGCCUCACUGUCCUGCAGGUCCAAAAGGCAAGCAGUUGGAGGGGACAGAUUGCCCCUUACAUGUGGUUCACCCACCCACCGGCGAGGAGUUUGCCCUGGGCUGUGGAGUGUGCAGGAAUGCCCAUAGCUUCUAAAAAAUACCCAGGUCUGAAAACUGAGAGACACGUACCGAACACUCCUCCUACUGGGACUGCAGGAUGUUGGCUGCAGCCUGAGCCCAGCCUGUCAAGUAUCUCCUCGUGUUGGCUUUCAUGUUGUCAGAUGGCCCUGGACACUGGAUCAGGCUUUCUACCGUACCUAAGAGUCCCAAGUUGUGCUCUUCGACCUACCAGCCAAAGUCUUUGAGGCUACUACAAAACACACAGAGAGUUGAGGCUCUAUGUGCAUUCCAGAGGAAUCUCUAAUAUAUAAUAACUAAACUUGUGACCUGUUUGCAUGUGGCCGUUGUGACCCCUUGGCUUCCAUAGAAGUUGACCAGAGUCUUUGAGGCUACUACAAAACACACAGAGAGUUGAGGCUCUAUGUGCAUUCCAGAGGAAACUCUAAUAUAUAAUAAUUAAACUUGUGACCUGUUUGCAUGUGGCCGUUGUGACCCCUUGCCUUCCAUAGAAGUUGCACACCUCCCGAUCACUGAAGUGUAACAAUGUAUUGAAUAUUGUUUUUUUUUGCUUAAGGCAAUUAGGAUGAACAUGGGAUAUUUACAUUUACAUUUAAGUCAUUUGGCAGACGCUCUUAUCCAGAGCGGAUAUAUACAAUGACAAAAUAUGAGACGGGUUGUAUUUCCAACUUCCUAACAAUGAAUUGAAAAUAUUGUUGUCUGUAAACAGAUUUUUUUUGUAAUCCUGUACAUUAUUCUCUCCACUGUCGAGUGCAUUGUGGGUUGACAGACAAGAAGGUGGUGAAAAAGACUUAAGAAUAUGUUUUGGAGGAAAAUAGUGUGCAAUUGAUCUAAUCCUGUAUAUAAUGAUGUUUUCUGAAGUUGCUGCUCUAAACUUCAAUUGUGUUUGAUAUUCUGGUUUAUGUUUUGAGCCAGAACUUUUAAUGAAGUGCAAUACUGGGUGUGCCUCCUAUCUUGCAGCAGUUUAUCCUAUGGAAUGUAUGUCGAUAAAAGCCACUGUACAUUUUUAUACGGCGAUAAACAGUCGUAUUCCUCCAACUCAAAAUGUCAGAUCACUUCUGUUUUCUGAAAAUGAUGAGGAGCCCAGCGUCUGCGGUGUAUGAAGGUUGAUUGAUGUGAACACUUUUUUCUGCUCCACAAUCAGAAAAAUGACACUGCGGUACAAACCCUUUUUUCUGUGUUUUCUUUUAACGACUCAGAAGGUGACUAUGCUGUAGGCUACCAUUCGAUUGUAAAUGUGCGGUAACUCAACGUGUUGGAGGGCCAGUCUUCAGAACCAAAUAAUAAAAACAAUUGUGAAUAUCCGUGAUGCUUUUCCAUCAGUAGGAGGCAGGGGGGACAUGGGGGUCUGAGAAAAAACAAACGGCUGUUGUUAUAAAAGCUUAUUACUUGAAAUAUCUGUGGUGAAUGGAUUUGAAUGGAAAUAAACCAGGUUCUCUGUUUCGCAAGGUA